GGUGGAAGUGGAAAAAAAUGGUGGUGGAGAGCUAUGUGGUGGUUCACAACAUAGCCAAGAGGCACAACGUGGGCACACUCGCCCGAAGCGCCACCGCCUUCGGUGUCUCCGAGCUCAUUCUCGUUGGCCGCAGAGAAUUCAACGCCUUCGGCAGCCACGGCUCCACCUCCCACGUUCGCUUCCGCCACUUCCACUCUCUCCAAGACGCCCGCCAAUUCCUCAAGGACAGAGAUUGUGAUAUCUGCGGCGUUGAGAUCACUGAUAAUGCUAUGCCUGUCAAUCACCACCCUUUUACCAAAAGCACUGCUUUUCUCCUUGGCAAUGAGGGAACAGGGCUUUCUGCUAAGGAGUAUGAGAUAUGUGAUUUCUUUGUGUAUAUCCCACAGUAUGGGGACGGCACGGCUUCCUUGAAUGUUACGGUCGCAGCUUCCAUUGUCCUGCAUCAGUUUGGAGUCUGGGCUGGCUUCCCUGAGAGAACCCGUGAUGGGAACAAGUUCAUUGUGGCACAGAAACCUGCAAAGCAGACAAGGCGAAGUUUCUGUGCAGAAACAGCAGAUUCCGUAAUUGAAGAGCGAAAAUCUAGAAAAGAGCAUAACUCUAAUGGUUUCUUUGACGAGAAUGCAAAUGACAAUCCAUCUUCUAACCUUCUGGAUGGUUUGUUUAGUGAUGUACGAUAACUUCAAGCAACUUAAAUAGUGGUUUGUCAUCAUAAGUUUGUGACCUUAUGCAUGACCUGUAACAGAAGAAUCUCCAGUAAAAUGUAUCCUUAGUGACAAGGGUUUUGUUAGAGUUUGGAGUGGUUUUAUUGGAGAAUUAGAUUUACCAUUUUUUACAUUGGUAUAACCAUCUCAACUUCACUUUGGUUUGUACUUAAUGAAAGAUACAUGGGCAGUUGCAAGGAUUGUAUUAUUUUUCUUGUUGCCCUUUGUAAGCAAUGAAAUUGAUGAUCAAAAUCACACUUCAUGCUUGUGUUG